CCCCUUCCGCAGCCUCCUCCGCGGCUCAGCUGGUGCAGACAGAUCUCACGGCGCCAUGGUGAAGAUCGCUUUCCACUCGCCGUUCGCCCGCAAGGACGAGCCCAAGAAGGAGGCUGCUGAGGCGCUGGUGGCCGACAAGGAUCCAGAAAUUGCCACACAUGGAAAUGAAAACUCAUCUGGAAGAUGCCUGUUGACACUUUUGGGUCUUGCAUUCAUCUUGGCAGGAGUUGUGGUUGGUGGAGCCUGCAUCUACAAGUACUUCAUGCCUAGGCAUAAGGUGUUCCGUGGAGAAAUGUGCUAUGUCGAAAAUGAAAAUCAGGAUCGUGCUGUUGAACCAUACUUCCUGCCCAUUGCAGAAGAAGCUGAUAUUAGGGAAGAUGACAACAUUGCAAUCAUUGAUGUUCCAGUUCCAAAGUUUUCAGAUAGUGACCCAGCAGCUAUUGUUCAUGACUUUGACAGGCUUCUGACUGCUUAUCUUGACUUACAACUGGGUAACUGCUAUGUGAUCCCUCUGAACACAUCCAUUGUUAUGCCACCAAGGAAUCUGAUGGACCUGUUUGCAAAACUGGCGACUGGUUCGUACUUGCCUCAGACUUAUCUGGUUCGUGAAGAAAUGGUGGUAACAGAGGAGAUAGAUAAUGUAUCUGACUUGGGCAUCUUCAUUUACCAGCUUUGUGUAGGAAAAGAGACCUUCAAACUGCAGCGCAGGGAUCAGAUAAUGGGUUUCCAGAAGCGCUCUGUUGAGAACUGUCAUGCAAUCAGACAUUUCGAAAAUUCUUUUGUCGUUGAAACUAAGAUCUGUCAACAGUGAAUGGCACUGAAUAGAAAGUGACUAUUUCACAUCUUCAUUUGGAAGUCUGAGCUACAGAGCCUGACUUCUCAAUUAAAAUGUGCAGUGAUAAUCAAAAGCCUUAUGCAUUUUCUGUGUAUUGCUUGUGUUUAUAAAACAAAUUCACAAUUUCAGCUUUCUUUGAUCCUUGGUAUAACAGCAUAUAGUUAGUUUUUGAUGUAAAAACAGAAAUUUGAGUAAAUUUAAAAGAAUAAGAUCAUUUCAUUCAUUGGAUGUGUCAGAUUUUAGAAUAAUCUGGAAUGGCAAAAAAAAAGAAAAGGCAACUAAUUCCUUGGCCAGAACCAACUCUAUCCACCUUUUGAUUUUCACAGAAUGAUUAAAUUUAAUGUAUUAAUCUGUGGUUUGCACAUUUUUGUGUAGUUCUUUAGAAUAGCUUUGCACUCAGUCUUUUGGUAGAAAGCCUUUUAACUUUUACUGUUAAAGGUUUAUUAACUUCCAUGUGUGAAGCAUGUAAAAUUAACCUCAGUGAUCAUAAACCUCUAACUUGCUUUCUUCAUUUUGUGCAAUUACUGUAUUGAACUUGUAUGUAUAUUUGGAACCUUCCCAAACUUAUGUUUCUAAAUCCUUAUCCUUUUUUUGUUUUGUUUUGCUUUUGUUUUUCUGUGGUAUUUAGUUAGAUUUAAGAUGCAGUUACACUUCAAUGUUUUGUCAGUAUUUUGGUUCCGAGUUGCUUUAUCUUGUAAUUUCCUAUUUCAUGAAAUCUCUUCUGGUAUGGCCCACUUGUGAAUGUGACUAGCUGUAAAUUUCAACUACUUUGGCUUGUACACAAACUUUUUAGAUCAGAACUUUUUAUGAGCAAGUAGCAUUACUACUGCAGUCAGUAUUGUUUUCUUUGAGAACUGCAGUAUGAAGAAGGUAGAGAGUUGCUAGUGUGCUACAUAUUAUAAACUUGAGUUUGUUUUAAUAAGGGACUUUAUAUUGGCAUAAAUCCUGCAACCCUAUAAUAAAUGUUUCUCUACAUC